GCUUGUGCGGCUCGUCGGAUUCUCACGGCUUGGAUGCUGCGCGCCGCAUCGAGCUGAUUAUUAAUAUUACUAUUAUCGCUGUUAGCCUAUUACAAUCAGCAUCAUCAUCAUUAUUAUUAUUACGGCGGACUGCGGCGUUUUGAAGACCCAGUACUAGUUGGGUUUUAAAGACAUCUCUAAGGUCCGAUUGCGUGCGAAUGCUUCUCCUUUUUCCUGAUGAUACGGCGUUUCUUAACGGCUCUACGGCACAACACGGGAAAGAAAGUGAAAAGGCUGCCCGCGUUUUGCGUGCAAACGGAGGGGACCGACGGACAGGCGCUGGAUGUGUCUGCAGAAUGACUUGCUGGGACUGAUUCGCCAACCUUGGACGCUGAAGCGUGUGACGAGGAAACGAUGGACCCAAACGAGCACAAACUCUUCCGCUCCCUGACGGCGCGCCGGGACCAGGAGCGCCGCUACGGUGACCCCCCGACCGAUGGCGAGGGCUGCAGGCCGCAGCCCAAGUCCUAUAGCUCCAGCGAGACGCUGAAGGCCUUUGACCAAGAUGCCAGGCUGGCCUACGGGGGCCUCGUCAAAGACCUGGUGCACCGGGAGGCAGACGAAUUCAGGAGACAGGGGACGGACUUCUCCCUGCGGGACCUGGGCUUCACAGACGCCAUGCCCCCCCGCGUGAUGGCCUACCGGACGGAGGUGGGCCUGUCUCACCGCGGCUACGCGUUGGGCGCCGGGUCUGACGUCGACACGGAGACAGAGGGCAUGGUGUCACCCGAGCACGCCGUGCGUCUCUGGGGAGGGAGGGGCUCCAAAUCGGGCCGGAGCUCCUGCCUGUCCAGCCGGGCCAACUCCAACCUGACGCUGACGGACACGGAGCAUGAGAACACGGAGAACGGUCCUCCUCUGCCUUGCUCAUCCGCCUCGUCCUCCUCCCCAGUCGAACAGUUCCCCUCUCUCCCUCUCCCCCUCCCAGCCAAUGAGAGCCAGAGAAGGUUGCUAGGUAGCCGUGUGGCUCAGCCAAGCCGGGACACUGACUCCGAAGAUGAGUUUGGCCCCGAUUCGUUCUUAGUUAAAGCGGGCUCAGGAAAGCGGGGCCCUCCUUCCACUGCCUCGGCUGACGAUGGUACAUUCCAGAGCCAUCCACGACUCCGGAGCCCACCGCCCUCCCACUCCCACACGCCCAGUCAGCACCACGCAGCCUCUGCCAACUCCCUCAACAGGGGGAACUACACUCCACGGAGCAACCCCAGCCCUACCCCGACGGAUGGCUCUGUUCCUGCCGAGGGCUCAGCCAGUGUCCAGGAGUCCGGCAGCACCCAGGACAACUGGCUGCUCAACAGCAACAUACCCCUGGAGACUAGGAGCCAGAAUACUCUAUUGUUUAUCAGAGAAGAGCAAGAGGCAUUCAGAAAGGGGCAGGGAUCGUUCAACGCAAGAAAUAUAGCAAAGCAGACAUUGAUAGAAACGUUGGCGGCCAGCGUUGUUGAGAUGGACAGUCUGGCGGUCGGCCGCCGUGGCGUCGAGCGCAGCGAUGGACAUUUCCUGUUCAAACCUGGGGGCGCCUCGCCCAUGUACUGCACCACCAGCCCCGGCUACCCGCUGACCUCCAGCACGGUGUACUCCCCCCCGCCCCGCCCGCUGCCCCGCAGCACCUUCUCGCGGCCCACCUUCAGCCUGAAAAAGCCUUAUCAGUACUGCACCUGGAAGUGUGCUGCUUUGGGCGCCAUCCUCAUCUCCGCCAUGCUGGUGUUCCUGCUGGCCUACUUCAUCGCCAUGCACCUGUUCGGGCUGAACUGGCACCUGCAGCCUGUGCAAAGGCAGGUAUUCCAGCUGGUGGAAGACGGCACAAGGGGCGCUUCUGCACCCACGGACCUGGGCCUGCCGCCUCUGGGGAACACCGCCCUGGAGCUGCCAGACCGGGGAGACAGAGAGGAGGAUGACAGCUUCAUUGACUCGGGCGAGAUCGACGUGGGCCGCAGGAUCACGCACAGCAUCCCUCCCGGCGUCUUCUGGAGGUGCCAGAUCUUCGUGGACCAUCCCAUGUACCUUAAGUUCAACGUGUCUCUGAGCAAAAACGCCCUGGUGGGGAUCUACGGGCGGAGGGGUGUGGCCCCCUCCCACACACAGUUUGACUUUGUGGAGCUGCUGGACGGCCGCCGUCUCCUCGGGCAGGAGGCGCGCGCCCUGGAGGCCCCCCACACACAGCCUGCCAGCCUGACCCCCUGGGGGAGCCACGACACGGGAUUCAUCCAGUACAUGGACUCAGGCAUCUGGCACCUGGCCGUCUACAACGAUGGCAAGGAGGCCGAGCAGGUCUCCUUCAUCGCUACGCCUGUAGACUCUAUAGACGACUGUCCCAAUAACUGCUUCGGUAACGGGGACUGCGUGUCUGGGACCUGCCAUUGUUUCUCCGGCUUCCGGGGCCCCGAUUGCGGCCGAGCCUCCUGCCCGGUGCUCUGCAGUGGUAACGGACAGUACCUGAAAGGCCGCUGCGUGUGUCACAGCGGCUGGAAGUCGGCCGAGUGCGACGUGCCCACCAGUCAGUGCAUCGACCUCUCCUGCAGUCACCAUGGCACCUGCAUCGCCGGAACCUGCAUCUGUAACCCUGGUUACAAGGGCGAGAACUGCGAGCAAGUGGAUUGCCUGGACCCGACAUGCUCCGGGAGGGGGGUGUGCGUCAGGGGGCAGUGUCACUGCCUGGCGGGCUGGGGGGGCCCCGGCUGUGAGAGCGCCCGCACCUCCUGCUUGGACCAGUGCUCGGGACACGGCACGUUCCUGCCAGAUACAGGCACCUGCAGCUGCCACCCGCACUGGACCGGCCAGGACUGCUCUACCGAGAUCUGUGCAGCAGACUGCGGCGGUCAUGGCGUCUGCGUGUCGGGGGCCUGCCGCUGCGAUGACGGCUGGGCGGGUGCCUCCUGCGACCAGAGGGCAUGCCACCCCCGCUGCGACGAGCACGGCACCUGCAAGGAGGGCCGCUGCGAGUGCAGCCCCGGCUGGAACGGCGAGCACUGCACCAUCGCUCACUAUCUGGAUAAGGUAGUGAAAGAGGGCUGUCCCGGCUUGUGUAACGGCAAUGGCAGGUGCACUCUGGGUAACAGCGGCUGGUACUGUGUCUGCCAGCUGGGAUGGAGGGGAACCGGCUGUGACAUGUCCAUGGAGACGGCCUGUAGCGACGGCAAGGAUAACGAUGGAGAUGGCCUGGCGGACUGCAUGGAUCCGGACUGCUGCCUCCAGACAUCCUGCCACAGCACUUCCCUGUGUGUGGGCUCCCCCGACCCGCUGGACAUCAUCCAGGAGAUUCAGGUCCACACCGCCCAGAGCCGCCUGCGUUCCUUCUACGACCGGGUCCAGUUCUUGGUGGGCAGGGACAGCACGCACGUCAUCCCUGGGGCGAACCCCUUCAAGGGCAGCCAUGUCUGCGUGAUCCGAGGGCAGGUGCUGACCAGCGACGGCACGCCCCUGGUGGGUGUAAACAUCAGCUUUGUUGGGUACCCAGCUUUCGGAUACACUGUCACCAGGCAGGAUGGCAGCUUUGACUUGGUGACCAACGGCGGCAUCGCCCUCACGCUGCGGUUUGAACGUGCCCCCUUCAUCACACUGGAGCACACACUGUGGUUGCCAUGGGGACGCUUUUUCGUCAUGGACACCGUGGUAAUGAGGCACGAGGAGAAUGACAUCCCCAGCUGCGACGUGAGCGGCUUCACGCGGCCCAGCCCCGUGGUGUCGCCUGCGCCACUCACUGCCUUCGCCGGCUCCUGCUCCGAGAGGGGCCCCACGGCCCCCGAGAUCCAGGCCAUCCAGGAAGAGAUCCGUAUCCCUGGCACAGACGUGAAGCUGAACUACCUCAGCAGCCGCACGUCAGGGUAUAAGUCGGUCCUGCGCAUCACGCUGAGUCACGCCAUCAUCCCCUUCAACCUGAUGAAAGUGCACCUCACUGUGGCCGUAGAGGGCAGGCUGCUCCGCAAGUGGUUCCCCGCCUCGCCCGACCUCACCUACAGCUUCGUGUGGGAUAAGGCCGACGUCUACAACCAGAAGGUGUACGGCUUGAGCGAAGCUUUUGUGUCGGUAGGUUAUGAGUACGAGUCGUGCCCCGACCUGAUCCUGUGGGAGAAGCGGACCGCCGUCUUGCAAGGCUAUGAGAGCGAUGCUUCUAACCUCGGCGGCUGGGCGCUGGACAAACAUCAAGCCCUCAACAUCCAGAGUGGCGUCCUGCACAAGGGCAACGGUGAGAACGUCUUCAUCUCCCAGCAGCCCCCGGUCAUCGGCAGCAUCAUGGGCAACGGCCGUCGCCGCAGCAUUUCCUGCCCCAGCUGCAACGGCCUUGCCGACGGCAACAAACUACUAGCCCCGGUUGCCCUGGCCUUUGGUUCUGAUGGCAGCCUCUACGUGGGCGACUAUAACUAUGUGCGUCGCAUCUUCCCCACGGGGAACGUCAGCAGCGUGCUGGAGCUAAGAAAUAAAGAAUACAGGCAUAGCAACACUCCUGCACACAAGUAUUACCUGGCCACCUGCCCCAUGUUGGGCACUCUGUACCUCUCGGACACAAACAGUAGAAAGGUCUUCAAGAUCAAGUCCUUGACUGCAGCGAAGGAUGUGGCUAAAAACCUGGAGCUGGUUGCAGGAACUGGGGACCAGUGUCUCCCCUUCGAUGAGACACGCUGUGGGGAUGGGGGCAAGGCCGUGGAGGCCACACUCACCAACCCGAGAGGCAUCUCCGUAGACAAGUUCGGCUUGGUCUACUUCGUGGAUGGCACCAUGAUCCGCCGGAUUGACCAGAACGGGAUCAUCUCCACGUUCCUGGGUUCCAACGACCUGACCUCGGCCAGGCCCCUUAGCUGUGACUCUGUGAUGGACAUCUCCCAGGUUCGCCUGGAAUGGCCCACCGACCUGGCCGUCAGCCCUAUGGAAAAUUCGCUCUACGUCCUCGAUAAUAACGUGGUCCUCCAGAUAGCCGAGAAUCAUCAGGUGCGCAUCGUAGCUGGCCGCCCCAUGCACUGCCAGGUCCCAGGCAUCGACCACUUCCUGCUCAGCAAGGUAGCCAUCCACGCCACCCUGGAGUCCGCCACCGCGCUGGCCGUGUCCCACAGCGGCGUCCUCUACAUCGCCGAAUCGGACGAGAAGAAGAUCAACCGCGUGCGACAGGUGUCCACAAGCGGCGAGAUCUCAUUGGUCGCCGGGGCACCCAGCGGCUGCGACUGCAAGAACGACGCCAACUGCGACUGCUAUUCAGGCAGUGAGGCCUAUGCCAAGGAUGCCAAGCUCAACGUGCCCUCCUCGCUGGCCGUAUCCCCUGACGGGCAGCUCUUCAUCGCCGACCUGGCCAACGUGCGGAUCCGCUACGUCCGCAUCAACAAGCCCUACCUGAGCCCCUUGAACCUGUACGAAGUCGCCUCUCCCAUCGACGACGAGCUCUACCUGUUCGACGCCAACGGCAGCCACAUCUACACGCAGAGUCUGACCACGGGAGACUACCUGUACAACAUCACCUACACCGGAGAGGGUCAGAUCAGCAGCAUCACUGACAAGAACAAGAAUGUCGUGAACAUCCGGAGAGACUCGGCAGGAAUGCCGCUCUGGAUACAGGCCUCCAACAGCCAGACCUUCUGGGUGACCCUCGGGACUAACAGUGCCCUCAAAAGCAUAGCAGCCCAAGGCCAGGAGUUGGCUUCCAUGACGUACCACGGAAGCUCGGGGCUGCUGGCCACAAAGACAGAUGAAAACGGAUGGACCACCUUCUACGAGUAUGACAGCUAUGGUCGGCUCACCAACAUCACCUACCCCACCGGGCAGGUCAGCAGCUUCCACACCCACCUGGACAACUCGGUCAGGGUGCAGACCGAGGGCUCCAGCAAGGAGGACAUCGUCAUCACCACCAACCUGUCUGCUUCCGGCACUUUCUACACCUUGACCCAGGACCAGGUACGGAACAGCUAUUCUGUGGGUCUGGAUGGCUCGCUGCAGCUGGUGUUGGCCAAUGGCAUGGAGGUGACCCUGCACACGGAGCCCCACCUGCUGGCGGGAACCGUCAUCCCUACCGUCAGCCGCAGGAACGUCACCCUGCCCAUCGACAACGGCCUCAACCUGGUGGAGUGGCGGCAGCGCAAGGAGCAGUCGCACGGUCAGGUGACCGUGUAUGGGCGGAGACUGCGGGUGCAUAACAGGAACCUGCUCUCGUUGGACUUUGACCGCAUCACCAGGACGGAGAAGGUGUAUGACGACCACAGGAAGUUCAUGCUGCGCAUCCACUACGACCAGGCGGGCCGGCCGACUCUCUGGGCCCCCAGCAGCCGCCUCAAUGGUGUCAACGUCACCUACUCCCCUGGGGGGCAGGUGGCGGGGAUCCAGCGGGGCACCAUGUCUGUGCGCAUGGAGUACGACCGCAACGGACGCAUCGUGUCGCAGACAUUUGCCGAUGGAAAGUCCUGGAGCUACACUUACCUGGAGAAGUCCAUGGUUCUCCUGCUCUACAGCCAGAGACAGUACAUCUUUGAGUUUGAUAAGAAUGACCGACUCUCUUCUGUGACCAUGCCCAACGUUGCCCGCCAGACUCUGGAGACCACCCGCUCCAUCGGUUACUAUAGAAACACCUACCGAGCCCCCGAAGGUAACAGCUCAGUGCUGCAGGACUUCAGCGAGGAUGGGGAGUUGCUGCAGACCACUUACCUGGCUACUGGGAGGCGCAUCAUCUACAAGUACGGCAAGCUGUCCAAGCUGCUCGAAGUUCUCUAUGACACGUCGCGCGUGGCCUUCACGUACGAUGAGGCCUCGGGCAUGCUGAAGACCGUCAACUUGCAGAGUGAAGGCUUUACCUGCACCAUACGCUACAGGCAGAUGGGCCCACUUAUCGACCGGCAGAUCUUCCGCUUCAGCGAGGAAGGCAUGGUCAAUGCUCGCUUCGACUACAACUACGACAACAGCUUCCGGGUAACGAGCAUGCAGGCCGUCAUCAACGAGACACCGCUGCCCAUCGACCUGUACCGUUAUGACGACGUGUCCGGCAAGACCGAGCAGUUCGGCAAGUUCGGGGUCAUCUACUAUGACAUCAACCAGAUCAUUACCACGGCCGUCAUGACACACACCAAGCACUUCGACGCCUACGGGCGUGUGAAGGAGGUGCAGUAUGAAAUCUUUCGCUCACUCAUGUUCUGGAUGAUGGUGCAGUACGAUAACAUGGGCCGGGUGGUUGGCAAGGAACUCAAGGUGGGACCAUAUGCCAACACCACCCGCUACACCUACGAGUACGACGCCGACGGCCAACUACAGGUGGUGUCCAUCAACGACAAACCCCUCUGGAGAUACAGCUAUGACUUAAAUGGGAACCUGCACCUGCUUAGCCCUGGCAACAGCGCUCGGCUCAUCCCGCUCCGCUACGACCUGAGGGACCGCAUAACCAGGCUGGGGGACAUCCAGUACAGAAUGGAUGAAGAUGGCUUCCUCCGGCAAAGGGGAAGCGAGUACUUCGAGUACAACUCUGCCGGACUGCUGGUGAAGGUUUACAGCAAUGUGAACAGCUGGAGCAUCCGGUAUCGCUACGAUGGCCUUGCCCGCAGGGUGUCCAGCAAGAGCAGCAAUGGGCAGCACCUGCAGUUCUUCUACGCCGACCUCUCCAGCCCCACCAGGGUCACACACAUGUACAACCACUCCAGCUCGGAGAUCACCUCCCUCUACUAUGACCUGCAAGGGCACCUCUUUGCUAUGGAGCUGAGCAGCGGCGACGAGUUCUACGUGGCGUGUGACAACAUCGGCACGCCGCUGGCCGUCUUCAGCGGCACAGGCCAGAUGAUCAAGCAGAUCCUGCAUACGGCCUACGGCGAGGUCUACAUGGACUCCAACCCCAGCCUGCAGCUCAUCGUCGGCUACCAGGGAGGUCUCUACGACCCCCUCACCAAGCUGGUCCACCUGGGCCGCAGGGAUUACGACGUGCUGGCCGGCCGCUGGACCACGCCGGACCACGACGUGUGGAGGCGUCUCAACAGCGAGAACAUCGCCCCUUUCAACCUGUACAUGUUCAAGAACAACAACCCCAUCAGCAACAGCCAUGAGAUCAGGUGCUACAUGACAGAUGUCAACAGCUGGCUGCUGACCUUUGGCUUCCAGCUGUACAACGUCAUUCCUGGAUACGCGAAGCCCAACACGGAGACCAUGGAGCCCUCGUAUGAGCUCGUCCGGACACAAAUAAAAACCCAGGAGUGGGACAGCACUCGGUCGGUGCUGGGCGUGCAGUGCGAGGUUCAGAGGCAGCUGAAGGACUUCGUCAAGUUGGAGCAAUUCGGAGCAGUCUACGGUAUGAGCAGCGCUGGCUGCCCCGCCCCCCAGGGGUCGGUCUUCUUCGCCUCAACGGCUUCCAUAUUCGGCAAGGGCGUGAAGUUCGCCAUCCGUGACGGCCAGGUGGCCACUGACAUUAUCAGCGUGGCCAGCGAGGAUGGCCGUAGACUGGCAACCAUCCUGAACAAAGCCCUGUACCUGCGAGAGCUGCACUUCACCAUCGACGGCGUCGACACGCACUACUUCAUCAAGCCGGGCUCCGUGGAGGCGGACCUGGCCCUGCUGGGCAUGACGUCCGGACGGCGCACGCUGGAGACGGGCGUCAACGCCACCGUGUCGCAGGUCAAUGCCGUGGUGGGCGGCCGGACUCGACGAACCACCGACAUCCAGCUGCAGCACGGCGCGCUCUGCCUUAACGUGCGCUACGGCAGCAGCCUGGAAGAGGAGAGGGCCCGUGUGCUGGAGCUGGCCCGCCAGAGGGCCGUGGCCCAGGCCUGGGCCCAGGAGCGCCAGCGGCUGCAGGAUGGCGAGGACAGUUCUCGCCCUUGGGCUGAUGCAGAGCGGCAGCAGCUGCUCAGUUCCGGCCGGGUGCCGGGAUACGACGGCUACCACGUGGUGUCAGUGGAGCAGUACCCAGAGCUGGCAGAUAGCAUCAGUAACAUCCACUUCCUGAGACAGAGCGAGAUGGGCCGCAGGUGACAUGACCGCCCCCCAUAGGCCGAGCGUUUGGGACUACUUGCCAAAGACAGCUGCACACGUUCCAUUCCCGUUCACGGCCCGGUUCCUUUGACUGUGGUCGAAGUUCGUGCAUUUUGAAGGCUACACGGGCGAUUCCGCCCUAUCUUGAUCCCCCCAGGCUAAGAUUCCUUUCUCUCUUUGUCCUCCUUGGGGGGGGGAUCACCAUUGUUGAAGGAAUGUGGCGCCACCUGGAGGUGACCUGUGACUCGCUAUUCGCUUCCCCGUACCCAGCCAAAUCCCUUCUAAACCUCUGCUUUUUUAUUGACGGUGUGACCAGCCGGAGCCUUAGUCUGCACCAAUCAGACAUGGCCCCACCCCUUCCCCCCCCACCAAUCAGACAUGGCCCCACCCCUUCCCCCCCAACGUCAUCCAAAGCUUUGCUAUGUCGCAAUUCCACAUGAUCUUUCAAAAAAAAAAAAACAAAAAGACAGAUGAUCUGAACUGUGGCCUCUCUGCUCGCCAGCAGUGCGGAGAGGUUGACCAUUAACCAAUUUAGAUGGCUGUCUUUGACCGGCUGUCUUUGACUGGCUGUCUUUGACCGGCUGUCUUUGACCGGCUGUCUUUAGGUUGCCAUGUGAUUGGGAGAGACCUCAACCUCCAGUCCUGUAUCAUUCUAAACAAAAGCAUCCUGUUUUUCUUCUGAAUUAAAUGCAGUGUCGGAUUUGCAAGGAAAGACUGUAUCUUAGACGAGAGACAGUCAGAAGAGAUUCCCGUGUUUCUCAAACUCCCUCAGUCAGUAGAGAGGUUGCGAUGAUUCCAGCAAGUCCUGUCAGUUUCGUGGGACAUGCAAUUCUGUGCGAUACAUCAGAAGGUAUUUUCCCUGAAUGUUUUUUUAAUUUCGUUAUUGAGUUUUUUAUAUAUAUACACAUAUAUAUAAAGAUACAGUAUAACAAAUGUGACUUCAGAAAUGUGAACUCUCGUCUCUUUUAUUGCUAUCUGUUGUACUUGAACAAUUAAAAGGGUGUUUACACACUUAAAGUAUGAA